GACAACGUCAGAGGAAGAACUUGAGUCUCCUAUAUAAGUUUGUAAGAAAGAUCCAGAGUUUAGGGUUUUUCGAAGAUCAAAAAAAUGGAGGGAUCUGGAGCUCAUGCCGCUGGGGGAAGCUCGGGUACGUUUGGAGCUCAUGCCGCUGGGGGAAGCUCGGGUACGUUUGGGAGCUCCGAUUCUCGGGACGAUUGGAGCGGCGCUUAUGAUCCCUAUCGGCACUCCAGCUAUGAUCGCGAUCGCAUCGCGGAUCACCGACAAUCCGGCACGCAAAGGGGGAGCCCUUCGGCCUGUUGUUGGCUCCCCCCAGUUUUCAUUCUAGCUACUGUAUUGUCUUUGUUUGGCCUCCAUCCUCCACUGGAAAUCGAAGCUGGACUGGGCUACUCGCGUCUCAUCGAUACCAAUCCACUGUUUGUACGAGAAAUCCAGGUGAGAAGAUUUCAGGGAACUGGAGAACCAGUUGUUUACUCGUUCCACCACCGUCCAGCUUUGGAAGACGUUUUGGAAUGGUCACAUGACUAUGAUCAAGGUUUUCAUGCCCAAAGCCACCAGGAAUGGGCAUUGUGGCUCAACAAAGGUUCUGUGAUAACAAUAAAAUACAACGUCAAGGAGCCGGACUCGAAUCUUAUAUUUGCGAUUUUUCAAGGCAAAGAGAACUUCCUUACUUGGGUGUCUGAUCCAUUGCAUCCAACUUCUUCUGUUUUCCGCCAGAAAGUGAAAGGAAGUGGAGUCUUCGAGUAUUUCAUCGAGGAAGAUGGUGAUUACUAUUUCGCCUUCGGAAACAUGAACGACUAUUAUGUAGAGGUGGCUCUGCGGCUCGAGGCUCAGCUAAAAGCUUACAGCACGAAAAAUCAUGAUUCUCGGUGCUCCUUGAAGUCGGACGUCUGCAAAAUCAAGCUUCCUCUCUUUCAAUCUACGUCGAUUCUGUUGACCACCUCGGAACACGAUGGGUUGCAACACAUGAGAGUCAGGUACAAAGCUCGUUGGGCUACAUUCGUAGUUGGCUUUGGAGCCUUGGUGGCUGUUUUGGUACUUCUGGUGAAGAAAAAUCCCUGCAAGAAAGCUGACAAUAGGAAAGAGGAGAAAACUAAGCCUGAAGACGCCUCCCCGCUUAUUGAUGAAAAACUAUCAAACGAGCAGCCUAGUGUUGAUCAUCGGCCUGCGGAAGGUUCACAUUCAAGUCCAGGCGACGAGCAGCUAUGCGCAAUCUGCCUGGAUGCGCCAAAAGACAGUUUCUUUGAUCCGUGCGGCCACUGUGCGACUUGCUAUGCGUGCGGAGAGAGAAUCAAAGCGAGCGGGAACGCAAUCUGUCCCAUUUGCCGGGAGAACAUAAGGACUGUUCGCCGACUCUUUGUUUCAUGACUUUGAGGUAAAUUCAUUCGAGUCUCUCGUUUAAUCUUUGUGUUCUUAACAAAUGUAUCAGUACAAAUAGAACCGUGCAAAAGAAUAGAAGGUGACUUGUAUAUAGAGUAGGACGCUCGAUCCUUGCAAAGUAAGAACGAUUACGUUCACAGCUCCAUGCUCCAUACUUUCCAAAAUUGUUAAUCAAGCUUUUCGACGCUUAUGAUCUAA